AACAGCGGAAGCGGGCGGGUCUGAGGGGCGGAGGAGGGCGGCUGUCUUUCUUCCUUCCGUCCUUCCUUCCUUCCUUUCUCCGCCGCCGCCUCCUUCUUUCUUUCUUUCCUUCCUUCCUUGGCCGUGGGCCUUCUUCCCGGCCUUCGCCAUGCCGGCGCUGCUGGAGCGCCCGAAGCUGAGCUCGGCCAUGGCGCGGGCCUUGCACCGGCACGUGAUGGUGGAGCGGGAGAGGAAGCGGCAGGAGGAAGAAGAAGUCGACAAAAUGAUGGAGCAGAAGAUGAAGGAGGAGCAGGAGAGGCGGAAGAAGAAAGAGAUGGAGGAACGCAUGUCUCUGGAGGAGACCAAGGAGCAGAUCCUGAAGCUUCAAGAGAAGCUCCAAGCGCUGCAAGAAGAGAAACACCAGCUUUUCCUACAGCUGAAGAAGGUCCUCCACGAAGAGGAGAAGCGCCGACGCAAGGAGCAAAGCGACAUGACGACUCUGGCAGCCGCUGCCUACCAGCAGGGCAUGGCGGUCCACGCUGGGACUCACAUCCUCAACAUGCAAGGGAGUCCUGGGGGACAUAACCGGGCCGGGACCCUGAUAUCGGCAGAUCGAGCCAAACAAAUGUUUGGGCCUCCUGUGAUUACUACGCGCCACUUUGCCUCACAGCCGGCCUUCUCCACCAGCGCUCCGGAGCACGGCCAGUACCAGAGCAGCCAGUCCGGACACAGCCCUUACGCCGUGGGGCAGAACCAGCUCUCGGUCCCCGUCAGCUACGCCAGCAGCCAGUCCAUCCGAGGUCCCUCGGCCUUCCCGACCAUGCCGUACCUGUCGCAGCAGCAACCGGGAUACAGCAUCCACAGCCACUUCCCCACCGCACAGCCAGGUUUCAUCCCUCCCAGCACCACCAUCCCGCUCCAAAAGCAACUGGAACAUGCCAACCAGCAGUCGGGGUUUACUGAUUCGUCAACCCUGCGCCCCAUGCACCCCCAGGCCCUGCACCCCAACCAGGGCCUCCUGCAGGGGCCCCAGAUCCCGGUCCAGAUGCAGACGGCGGCCAAGCCUACUUUGGCCUACACGCAUCCCGCUCGGCCCGCCUCCCCCGGCAGCUUCUCCCAUGGGACAGCCCCCCAGCAGCCCCACACGUCCGGCUUCCAGGCCUCUCCGCAGCCGGCCCCACGGCACCCCUUCAUCCAGCACCCCAGCCAGGGCCAGCGCUUCUACCACAAGUGAGGGUGGGCCUCGCCUCCCCAGCCUUUCCCAGCCCCCUCCAGCUUGAAGAAACAUAACUCUGCUUUAACCUCUUUUGGGGUGUCUGUAGCUUUGUUCCUCCCGCUCCUUUUUUCUUGUUGAAAUUUGUGAAAGCCUGAGAAAAUACACUUUGUGCGAAUCAUUUUGAGUCAAGCUUGGUCCCAGGGUUUCCUUUUUUUAAUCCUUCAGCAUUGGGAUUGAAGCCGCUGUGGGUUCUAAGGAGGACUUGAAAUGCAAAUUCCCUCUCCUUUUGCCCUCAAUGGGGCUUGGAAUCCGGCUACUUACUGGGACAUUAACCCAGAGGGAGGCCUCCAUGCUUGCUGAGCUGGAAACUAUGCCGAGCAGAGGGGCAAAGUUCUCUCCUGUUGACAACCUCUCUCUCCCCACUUCACUGGAUUUUAGUUCAAGCAAACAGAGCCGGUUUUGGUGAGCCUUGAAACGGCUAGAGCUCCAAUGCAGCUCAAACUACAUCCAUGGGUUUAAUAGUCAGAAAGAGCUUAAACCAGGCAUGGGCAAACUUGGUCCCUCCAGGUGUUUUGGACUCCAACUCCCACCAUUCCUAACAGCCUCAGGCCCCUUCCUUUUGCCCCGCAGCCGCUUAAGCGGCUGCGGGGCAAAAGGAAAGGGCCUGAGGCUGUUAGGAAUGGUGGGAGUUGGAGUUCAAAACACCUGGAGAGAAGGCCAAAGUUGGCCCAUGCCUGAUGUCCUCCAAGUCCAAUUCUGUCCUGCUUCCUGUUUGCAUAGGAUCCUUUCACAGAUAGCAUGACGUCUAUGGCAACAUCCUAUUGAAUGCUGGGAUUUGCAGUUCAAGGAGGAUCCUUUAAAAUGCCUAAAAGCCUUCCCAACCUGCAAGAUGUGAAUCAGAUUCCCAGCCAUGACUAAAAUGGGCACUUCCUAUUACAACAAGAGCUAUGUUUUAGGGUUUUGAGUCCUGUUUAAGAGAUUUUUUUUAACUGUGUCAGAAGUGAACAUACUGCAAGUCGCUACUGGUGUGAGAGAAUCAGCCGUCUAUAGAGAUGAUGAUAAUAAUAAUUUUAUUUUUAUAUCCCACCUCCAUCUCUCCAAGGGGACUCAGGGCAGCUUACAUGGGGCCAAGUCCGGGUAAUUACAAUAAUCAGAAAAACUUAGCGUUUUGAGUCCUGUUUAAGAGAUUUUUUUUUAACUGUGUCAGAAGCGAACAUACUGCAAGUUGCUUCUGGUGUGAGAGAAUCAGCCAUCUAUAGAAAUAAUAAUAAUACUAAUAAUAAUAAUUUUAUUUUUAUACCCCGCCUCUAUCUUUCUGAAUGGACUCAGGGCUAAUUACAAUAAUCAGAAAAACAGAUGUUGCUCAGGGGAUUCCCAGAUGUGUUACCAUCCUGCUGGGAAGCUUCUCUCAUGUUUCUGCAUGGGAAGCUAGGACUGACAGACAGGAGCUCACCCCAUCUCUUUUCCUUCAGGUCAGCAGUUCAGCUGGUACAAAGGUUUAAACCAUUGUGCCACUGCGGCCCCUUACCAUUUGUUAAGAGAUGAGAGUUGGAUAAUUAAUAAUAUUAAAGUCUUUUAAAAAUAUUCCUGUGUAGCUUCUCAAACAAAUUGGAUCCCUCUUUUCAUCUGGGACAGAAACUUGUUUUUUUUUUAAAGCACCUAUUCAAACAGCCAUUGCAAAAAUAGUGAUGCCUCCCCACCCCUCCACCUCUCCCUUUGGCAUAACUACUACUACAGUAGAAUCUCACUUAUCCAACACUCACUUAUCCAACGUUCCGGAUUAUCCAAUGCAUUUUUGUAGUCAAUAUUUUCAAUACAUCGUGAUAUUUUGGUGCUAAAUUCGCAAAUACAGUAAUUAGUACUUAGCAUUACUGCAUACUGAACUACUUUUUCUGUCAAAUUUGUUGUAUAACACCAUGUUUUGGUGCUUAAUUUGUAAAAUCAUAACCUAAUUUGAUGUUUAAUAGGCUUUUCCUUAAUCCCUCCUUAUUAUCCAACAUAUUCGCUUAUCCAACGUUCUGCUGGCCCAUUUAUGUUGGAUAAGUGAGACUCUACUGUAUAUAUACCAGCAUUUCUCAACCUGGGGGUCGUGAGAUGGGUUUCAGAGGGGUCACUAAAGACCAUCAGAAAACAUUUCUUUCUGAUGGUCCUAGGAACCCAAAUCCCUCCAGUAUUUUCUGUUGGUCAUGGGGGUUCUGUGUAGAAAGUUUGGCCCAACUAUAAUUGAUGGGCAUAUUGAGUAUUCGUGCCAAGUUUGGUCCAGAUCCAUCAUUGUUUGGAGUCCACAAUGCUCUCUGGAUGUAGAACUACAACUCCAAAAUUCAAGAUGAAUGCCCACCAAACCCUUCCAGUAUUUUCUAUUGAUCAUGGGAGUGUGUCAAGUUUAGUCGAAUUCCAUCAUUGGCGGAGUUCUGAAUGUUCUUUGAUUGUAGGUGAAUUAUAAAUCCUACAACUCUGAAAUGACAAAAUCAAUCCCCUCCCCACUCCACCAGUAUUCAAAUUUCGGUUAUUUGUGCCAAAUUUGGUCCAGUGAAUGAAAAUACACCCUGCGUCUCAGAUAUUUACAUUAUGAUUCAUAAUGUAGUAAAAUGAGUUAUGAAGUAGCAAUGAAAAUAAUGUUAUGGUUGGGGGGUCACAAUAACACGAGGAACUGUAUUAAGGGGUUGUGUUGAUAACCACAGAUAUAUACUUGUGGGUAUAAUGUUUGACUCACUCCUAGGCAGGUAUGGGCAAACCUGGUCUGUACAGGUGUUUUGGACUGCAACUCCCACCAUUCCUAACAGCCUCAGGCCCUUUCCUUUUGCCCCUCAGCCGCUUAAGCGGCUGAGGGGCAAAAGGAAAGGGCCUGAGGCUGUUAGGAAUGGUGGGAGUUGAAGUCCAAAACAACUGGAGGGCCCAAGUUUGCAAAUACCUGCUUGUACAUUAAUCUAUAGAGUAAUACUACCCGGUCUCAUCCCUUGUUGCCUACUACCACCAGCCUCCCACUCUGCUCUUUACACAAAGGACACAAAACCAAUGGACAGCGUUUCUUUCAUAUUAAACUUGUUUCUGUUUUUAUUUGAGGUUGAUUAACAAAUGUGUUGGAUUAACACGGGAGGGAGGGGACGAGGAGGAAAAGGGUAGGGAGGAGGCCACAGCACUGGCCUGUGAACAGCAGAAGAGAGUAAAUAUGAACCAAGGAAACAGUUUUGGGGGGGUCUAGGUGUUCACCCCGCAAAGAUCCCUACCUGGCACAGCUCUUGGGGGGGGGGGGGGGGGAAGGAGGGUGCAGUUAUUAACCCAGAAUGCAAAGGGAAGAGGAAGUAGUAACUACGGCACUAGAGCAAAGAGGAGGAAGAAGGGGAGGCAUUGAACAUGAUUUGAGGGGCGGAAAAGGGUCCCUUUCUGCGGCCGGUUGCGCUCCCGAGAGCCCGGAUGCGAGGCAAAAGAGCGGGGGUCCGAUGCGCUCCAGAAGGCAGAGAGAUGGGGACGGGGAGGAAAUAGCUGAGCAACCGAAGCAGCGAUCCCCCCAAAAGAAAACACGAAAGAGCCUCGAAGCACAAGAGGAAGGAUGCCAUCCUAAGGGAGGAAGAGGAGGAGAGGAAAGAAGCCCGAAGAAAAGACCCCACUCCGGCCGCCUCAAAACUCUCCAUCAAAAAGUUUCGCUCCCUCCUCUUCUCCCCAAAAGACCACCACCUCGCUCUCUCUAUAUAUAAGCAUCAGAACUAAUAAUAAAAAAAAUCAAAGGUGAGCCUUUUGCAAUUGUUUUCUUCCUCCUCCUCCUAGCAGUUUAAAUAUUUUUAUUCCUUUUUUUAAGUGCAAAAUUCUCAACUUCUCUUUUGCCAGAAAACAGCUGUAGUGUCAACUAGCACCCAUGACGGGAGAGGGGAAAGGAGAGGGCAGAGGGGGUGGGAGGGAAG